UUUUCUCCCAGAAUACAUUAUGUAAGUGACUUAAAAUAUAAGUUUAGUAGCGUUAAAUAACAUUCAUAAGGAUUUUAAAAUGCGCAUCCAUAAUUUACUUGACGAUUAAAAUAUCCAAAGAAUGUUAGGCGGUAGGGGACCUAGAUAAUAUUAUUGCCUUCAAUUAUGCUAAUAAGUCAAUUAACUAUAAUAUAUUACAAAUUACUGAGUGUAAAGACGUACACUUAUUUUCCGAAAUCAUACAUAGUAUAACAUUAUAAUAGGUAUAUUUAAUUCGUGUUCUAGGAUCCGAGAAACAUUUACAACGAGUUUAAAUGCAUGACAUCAAAGUUACAAAGCUUAGAAAGAAAUUGAUAUAACAAAUCACAUGAAACUACUAAGCUGCUAGUGUACAACUAUAAGUAUAUGGUCACAAUAAUAAAUAAUGGCCAAAUUUACAGAAAUGUCACUGUCCACGCAAAACAUAUGUGUGUCUAUGAUCCACACCCCAUGCAUGUUAAGUCAACGGUGGCUGCAGUGGUAGCAGUCAUAGUGACACCGAAGAAACAUCAUAAUUUGACUGUUCUCGUGAGGAAUAAGCGGCGUAGAAAAUUGACACAGUCGCCUGAGUAAAUAUCAAUGGGGUGGGAGAUUGGCGUGUGGGUGAUACGAUCCACGGUCGAGGUGCAUCUGGGUUCAACUGCAGACAUGAGGACGCCAUGUUAAGGUUUGUCGGGCGUAGUGGUACAACCGCGGUAAUCGGAGCUCGGCCGAUGGUGACGAUAAACGGUGGCUGCAGUGGUUUCGUUCUGUUCAGGUUAACAUGGUAGGUGGUCACCAGCCGCAGUCGACGGGAGGCGCCAACUGCACGGGCACUAUGAUGAACAUACUGAACAUAGACGCCGAGAACCGGGUGGUGCUGAACGUCGGCGGCAUCAGGCACGAGACCUACAAGGCCACCCUGAAGAAAAUACCCGCCACGAGAUUGAGCCGGCUGACCGAGGCGUUGGCCAACUACGAUCCGGUGCUGAACGAAUACUUCUUCGACAGACAUCCCGGCGUGUUUGCUCAGGUCCUCAACUAUUACAGGACGGGUAAACUUCAUUACCCGACGGAUGUUUGCGGGCCGUUGUUCGAAGAAGAAUUGGAGUUUUGGGGUCUGGAUGCGAACCAAGUGGAACCCUGUUGCUGGAUGACCUACACCCAGGUAAGUUCUUACUCAGUCGAUUUGCAUCGGUAAACACGCCAUUUGGGG